AUGGAGGAAUUUCUCGUACAGAAUGCCAAGCGGUACCAGUCCUUAGUAAAGGCAUUCAGACCUGGAGCCAGCACACAAACUUCGAUCGAAAGUAAAUCGUCGACAAGCCCAGACAUUGUUGUCAGCACAAGGAUACGCCCAUUGCUAGAUGAAGAAGAUGCUGCCGGAUUCUCAGAGUCGGUGUUCCCUCGAGACGCCCAGCCUGGGGUCGUGGAUGUGCAUGAGCUCAGGAGAACAGUCAGAGGUUUGCCUACGUUGACGUCUUCCAACUACCAGGUGGACCGAGUGUUCGGCUCCGACGCAAAGACCGAGGAUGUGUACGACGUGGUGUCCCACCUGGUUCCGUUUGCGUGUUCUGGCGGUAUUGGUACCCUGUUUGCAUACGGCCAGACCGGGUCCGGGAAGACAUUUACUGUCAGUGGCCUUGAGAAGAUGGUGGUCAAGGCCUUGAUGGAAGGCGAUCUUCAUAAAUCAAGAAAGAUUUUCAUCACCAUUAUUGAGCUGGCUGGAAACUCGUCAUACGAUCUGCUGAACUCACGCAAACCUAUUUCCAUCCUUGAGGACUCAUUUGGUGUCACGCAGCUGGCCGGUGCUCAAGAAUACGAAGCAAAAAGCACCAACGAUGUCCUUGGUCUCAUUGAGACAGCUACAUCGUUCAGAAGAACCCAGUCGACACAAAAGAACGAUGUUUCCUCACGCUCACACGCCAUAUGCCGUGUCAGAAUCGAAAAGGCCGCAGAUGAGACUAGCGAGGACGGCAUCCUGUACCUGAUUGACCUAGCGGGCUCCGAGGCAGCUCGUGACAUGGCGUCCCACGGCGCUGAUCGGAUGAAGGAGACACGGGAGAUCAACGCCAGCUUAUCUGUCCUGAAAGACUGCAUCCGAGGUAAAGUCGAGGCCGAUGCGUUGGCGGCCGUGUCCUUGACCGCCUCCAAGUCUGAGAGGAUGAAAAUGAAGAAGCCGCAUGUGCCAUUCCGACAGAGCGCCUUGACAAAGGUCUUGAAGCACGUCUUCGAUCCCGUUGGGACGCGCAAUUGCAAGACUGUGGUGAUUGCUUGUGUCAAUCCUAGCAUUGUCGAUGUGGGAGCCAGCAAGAAUACCCUCCGGUACGCCGAGAUGUUGCGUGUCCUCGUACCAAAUGCCAAGCCGGCUGCUUAUAAUCCUGCUGUGCCGGCGACCUGGUCGAACAAGCAGCUGAAAGAAUGGGUGGACAAUAAUUCCGGAUCACCGCCAAUCCAGUCGUCUGUCCUGGCACCAACCGAAACGGGACCACAGCUACUUCGGCUCCCAGCCCCUGAGUUCGAAGCCCGAUGUAUGAAGACCCCUGGUAUGAACAUAGAGCAAGCGAAAGCAUUCAGAUCGAAGCUAUGGCAGCUUCACAUAGACUCUCAACGAGCCUUGCAACAGAGUGACGCACCAAGCGCUGCAGAGUCUGAGGAACCUGACACGAUACUUGGUCAUCUAACUAUGGCAGAGAGAUCUUCCAGCCGCGAGGUGGACCCCAAGCUAUCAAUAUUGCCAUUUAAGGACCGCAUCAGGCCGGGAACUGUGGUCAGCUGGACUCCACCAGCCAACUUCCCAUUGGGCUUACCUGGGGGGAUGAAUAUGGUCCUAGUGUUGUGUCCAGCGGAAGCGGCAGGUGAAGCUGCCAAGACUGUGUUUGGAAGCCAGGCUAAUUCGCCGGCUUCUGGUGAAGACAAUGAGAUGGCUACCGGUAGUGGCAAGGCGAAGCGGUAUCUGUGUGCUUUGAUCGUUCCAGGUCUCAUGAGCGAGACCUACGAGGUCAAUCUCUGGCGGCAGAUUGUGGUCGAUACUGAGGCGAUGAACGCCGAAAUCUGCCUCGAGUAUGAUCCUGCCACACGAUACUACUACAUGGCGGUCUGA